AUGCUGCACUCCAAGGCGGGCAUCGUCGUAUUCAUCACGGGCUACGGACCCUUCGCCACUGUGAAGGUGAACCCCAGCUCCGACAUUGCCCUUCGGGUCGUGGAGGACCUGAAGCGUCACCCCGACGUAGCAGAGGUGCGGUACACGGAGCUGGAUGUCAGCGUGACAGCCGUCGCGGCGUACUUCGAGAGGGUGGAGAGGGAAAUUGCCGAAAUCAUUGCCGAACACGGCGCCGUCAAGGUGAAGAUCCUUCUCUGCCACCUAGGUGUUCACAAUGACACAACGGGGCUCAUCCGCGUCGAGGUGCAGGGCUACAACGAGCUUUUUGCGAACGUCCCUGACGUGGACGGUAAGGUGCUCAAUCACGAGCCCAUUGCACCGGAGGACGGCCCGAUUGAAGUGUUUCACGAGAGCUGGUUCGGCAAGGAGGGCUCUCCGCAGUUUGAGAAGCUGGAGAGCUUGAUUCAGGAGGUGAACGAUACGAUUGCCGAGUCAUGGCAUCACUCUAGAACGGGUGCUGUGACUAACAAUGAGAUGACAUCAGUGGAGCCGAACAGGAAGGACAUGAUGAUGCCAGCGUUUCAGGCGCCGAGCUGGGCAAUUUCGCGCGACGCCGGGCGCUACCUGUGCAACUGCGCCCUCUAUCGCGCGCUGCGACUUCAGGAAAGGAACCCGGGUGUUGUCUAUGGCAUCUUCAUUCACGUUGUCGAUCCGAUUCGCGGCAAGACGGAGAUCGAGGGCGGACCGAUUGUGGCUUACAACCCAACGACGAUGGUGCAGUCGGUGCAAGUGAAGUGUCUCAUGAACGGCCUGCUGUCUUUGAUGACCUCGUGA